AUGCUACAACAGAAGACAAGUACUGAGAGCACCACCACUCCUGCUACAACAGAGACAAGUACUGACAGCACCACCACUCCUGCUACAACAGAGACAAAUACUGACAACACCACCACUCCUGCCACAACAGAGACAAUUACUGAGAGCACCACCACUCCUGCUACAACAGAGACAAGUACUCAGAGCACCACCACUCCUGCUACAACAAAGACAAGUACUGAGGGCACUACCACUCCUGCUACAACAGAGACAAGUACUGAGAGCCCCACCACUCCUGCCACAACAGAAACACGUACUCAGAGCACCACCUCUACAAUAGUAGCAAGUACUGAGAUCUCAACCGCUUCAACAACAAUCCCAAGUAAUACAGGAAAUGACACAUUUACCUAUACAUCUACUUCAAUCAAUAUUUUGCCGACGUCUGCAACGUCCGCCCUCACAAGUAAAAACGCUUCAACCGUCUUACAAGAUUUUCUGGCUCUGGCCAAAGAUGGCGACCAUCAACCGCUGUCUGCCACUGUUAUAUUGGUAUCAGCGUUAGGAUCAGCUGGUGCCUUAACAAUUGCAGCUGUCACCGUUGCUAUUUACAUCUACACCUUCAAGUACUCGACUAAUCUCGCUCGGGUUUCCCCAAACGAUGGCACUCGCGCGGACCCCAGUGAGGAGUUCCAGAUCCGACGACCACGUGCUCCAAGUCCACCGGCCUCUCGGCCGCACUCGAGACUUUCCGUGCUUAGCCUUGACCUGCAUCAAGGUCAUCCCUCAUCUAGUCAGUGCUGA